UCAACUGUCAAAGGCCAAAAAAAAGCACAAACAAGAAAUUCGUCAUCCAUCACGAAAUUUACAGAAAAACUAUAAAAUAAUAGAAAAAUCUCUUCAUUUUUGAGAAAAAUUUGAAAUAAUUAAAAAUAACAAAAUGAAUCGUUUAUUCGGCAAAGCUAAACCCAAGGUUCCACCACCAAAUAUAAAUGAUUGCAUUGCUGGGAUUGAUACCCGAGCCAAUAGCAUCGAAGAAAAAGUUAACAAAUUGGAAACCGAACUUCGCAAAUACCGUGAGCAGAUGAGUAAAAUGCGCGAAGGUCCAGCAAAGAAUUCUGUCAAACAAAAGGCUAUGCGUGUUCUCAAACAAAAGAAAGCUUAUGAACAGCAAAUUGAGAGUCUUCGCAAUCAAUCGUUCAACAUGGAACAAGCCAAUUAUGCUGCUCAAACUUUAAAAGAUACAAAUGCCACUGUUAUUGCCAUGAAGGAUGGAGUCAAACAAAUGAAGAAGGAAUUCAAAAACAUUAAUAUUGAUAGCAUUGAAGACAUUCAUGAUGAUAUGGCUGACAUGUUGGAAGAAGCUGAUGAAGUCCAACAAGCUCUUGGUCGUACAUACAACAUGCCAGAGGUUGACGAUGAAGAACUCGAGUCAGAAUUGAUGGCAUUGGGUGAUGAAAUUGCAUUGGAUGAUGAUACAAGUUACUUAGAUGACGUUGUUAAGACUCCAGCAGUUCCUGAUAAGGAACCUGGAGCUGAUAGCAUUAAGCCAUCGAGUGGAAUUGAAGUCGAUGAAUUUGGUUUGCCAAAAGUACCAACUUCUGUGAAGCAUACUUCGUAAAGCAUAACAUCGAAAGUAUCGAAUUAAAUUUUUAUUUUAUUUUAUUAUUUCUUAUAAUCAAUCAACUUGUUGAUCAAAAAAAAAACUCAAUUUAUAUGCAAUACUAAAUUUUUAAUGUACCAAGCA